AUGGAGGAGCCUGGGUCUAGGUUGCAGGUUAGGCCGUACUACAAUCCUGAGAGUUUUAAUGCUGGCUACAGCGCUGUUUUCAGACCAGAUCAAGGGGUUAUAGAUGCGAAUGGACAAUCGAUCGCAUCAAAAUUGAACAUUGUUCAAACAUCGGGCAAGAAUCUUGCCAAGAGAAUCGGUAAAGGGGCAAGCUCUUCUGGCAGUCUUUUAUCUGGACUUUCCUUGAAUAAUGGCAAGAGACUACUAUCAAAAGUAUCUGCAGGGGAUAACGGAGACUCUCCAAAGAGUAUAGCAGAUAUGGAAUGGCUGGAUUUUCUAAAUCUUAAGGCAUGGAAAAGGAUUUUUGGUCAAUUGUUUGACCAGUUCUUUAGGAAAUAUUUCCGCCACCUUGUGCAACAACCAUUUGAAGUGGCCAGAUGUUUAUUGCAAGUGGGUGAUUUCGGUCAACUUGAUGCUUUGGAAGUACCAGCACCAGUUGAAUUAAGAGAUGAGGAAGACGAUAACGAGGAGAUAGAUUUCUUCCCAAAGGCCAACGACCAGGAGCUAUUACCAAACCUGGAAGAAGAUGAGUUGGAAAGGUCACUAAUCAAUAAUCCCGACAAGUAUAGCCCCACAGCGGGCAACGAAAUGCUGAUUCGCCCUCAAUCAAAGCAUACGAUUGAUAUAAUAAACAGUGUGAUGGAUAACGAAGGCAUGAAAGGGUUGUGGAAGGCUAACAACACAACUUUCAUCUAUAAUUUCCUGUCACUCACGCUCGACGCCUGGUUUACCGGAUUAAUUUCACCAUUCCUAGGAGUACCAGAUCCUUAUUUUAUGGAUAUCAUUCAUUCUCCAGAUGUUAAAUCCUCAAUCAUUUUAACGCUAACCGCGAGCACACUCACCAAGCUUAUACUAUUGCCAUUAGAUAUCAUAAGAACGAGGUUCAUGGUUACGUCACUAAGAAAGGGAAGCAAACCUAUAAGAAGCUUAAGAAAACUUGUACGGUGCUGGUCGUGGCGUGCAGACAUCAGGAGAGUGCCCGGAGACAUGUGGAUCCUAACGAUCCUUCAAUCAAUCUCCAACGUGACAUUCAACAAGAUCUUCGAUGUGGUGAUUUACCAUCAAUGGAACGUUGAAAGGCACUCACAGGUAAAAUGGUACAAUACUUUUAAAUUACUAUCACAGACAGUGGAACUUCUUGUUAGAUUGCCCUUGGAGAACCUGUUACGUCGUUGUCAAGUGAACUUCCUCGUCAACGACAGCCGUCAUCCGCUAAAGAUCGAACACGCGGACUUGAUCGUCAAACCAAUAGGAUACCGCGGCAUAUGGAACUCUCUAAGGGAUCCACGUACUUCAUCCGGACUAUGGAACGGCUGGAGAGUCGGUUUAAUGAGCCUAUGUUGCGGCUACGGGUUCGAAAUGAUAAGCACCGAUGCCGUGGACCUAGAACAGGAAAAAUUUUGA